AGGUGAAAGGGUAUGGAGGUGUAAAUGAUGACGAUGUAGCGGUAAAGGGUGAUGUUACUGCACAGAAUGCAAAUGAUAAUGCAGCAAAUAAUCAAGACAACGUAGCUGGCGGAGGAGAAAUGGAUGCCGAGCAAGAGGAGAAGGAUAGCGAAGAGGUGGUUUUGGAGGAUCUUGCUGGUGAACGGCAGGAUACAACCGAGGUCGAAGAAGAAGAGGAUCAUGCUAGGGUGGAGAAGGAUGAGCAGAUGGUUAAUUAUGUCAGAAAUGGCCAAGAAUAGGCACUUGAAAAAGGAGGAUAUCAGGAAGGUGUUGGGACAGGUCGGUGAUGUUGUGGAGGUCCGUCUCCACAAGGAUCUCUCCACCAACAAGAACAAGGCGUUUGCGUUCGUCAGGUUUGCAAACAAACAGCAGAUAAAUGGCAAGCAAUGUUGUGUCGGUGCUAGCGAGGACAACGACACACUAUUCUUGGGAAAUAUUUGCAAUACAUGGACAGAGGAAGCUAUUAAGAAAAGGCUGAAUGAGUAUGGGAUACAAGGAGUUGAAAGCUUAACUCUGGUUCCUGAUACUCAAAAUGAGGGAAAGAACCGGGGCUUUGCAUUUCUUGAGUUUUCUUGCCACGGAGAUGCGAUGAUUGCAUUUGAAAGGCUGCAGGAACCUGAUGUUGUGUUUGGUCAUCCCGAGAGAACUGCAAAAGUUGCUUUUGCAGAGCCGAUAAAGGAAACAGAUGCAGAAGUUCUGUACAAGGCUAAGUCAGUUUUUAUUGAUGGACUCCCACCAUAUUGGGAUGAAGAUCGUGUUAAGGACCGAUUCAAAGCUUACGGUUUAUUAGGUGUGGUGCUUGCUUGUGACAUGUCAAGUGUCAAAAGAAAUGGUUUCGGAUUUCUUUACUUCUCAACCCAUGAGGAAGCUCUUGCUUGUAUUACUAGCAUGUGGUAUAGUUUUGGUGGACACUUUGGUGAAAAACUAUAUUUCUCCACAGAAGGUUGGCCUCGUGUUAAGAGGCCGCACUCUCAAAUGGAACCUGAUCCUGGGUGCUUUGAGCCUGGUCCUCGCUGUGUAUGCCCUCGCUUUGACUAUUACGAGCCUCCCUUUUAUCGGGGGAACUGAUUUGAUCACUAUGAUGAGCCACCAUUUUCUGGA